AUGGAAAUAUGGGAUAAAGGCGGACAAGAAGAAUACCGUUUAAUUCCAUCAAGCUAUCCAAAUACCACAUGUUUUGUCCUGUGUUUCUCAAUUAUUAAUUUGGACACCUUCAAAAGUCUUAAAACACUUUGGUUGCCAGAAAUCAGACGCUUAAAUCGAGACAUUCCAAUAUUGUUAGUUGGCCUUAAAAGUGAUUUGAGAGAAUCAAAUGAAAAAGCAGAACGUAAUUAUCCAAUAAAAGGUCUUCAAAUGGCAAAAGAUAUAGGAGCAUGUGGAUAUGUCGAAUGUUCAUCCAUGAAUGAUAGUAAUGUUAACAUGGUUUUUAAAAAGGCCAUACAGAUAAGUUAUGCGUAUCUUCAUACUCAUAUGUACACAAAAUGGCAAAAUGAAUGA